AUCCAUUAAUAAAUUAUAUUGAUACGAAUUCAGAGAAUCAAGAUAAGGAAAUUGCUCAGAUUUUAAUCUAUCGUAUUUCUAAAGCUGAUCAUUUCUCUUGGAUUUACCACAAAUGUGAACCAAUAAAGAAUGCAAUAUCAUUUGUUUAUUAUUGUAACAGUAGAGAAGAACUAAAAAAUAAAAGACCACGUAUUGAUAAUGUGUUGAAACAACGUGAUUCAACUGCUCGAAUACAUCGUCACAAUUGUGGAGCAAUGGAUGUUACACCACAAGUACGUGAAUAUAUUGCCAAGAAUCACUUAUUGACAGUUCCACAACUCUAUGAAAAUAUCAAAGAAGAAAAAAUUGAUGGGUUCUUACAUCUUACUCGGCAUCAA